AUGCAACUCGGCAUACAGUUGGACCAAUCCACCACCACUUCCCUUCUGCGGAAUCUCUAUCAUCUAGGCAGCACACUUGGCUCACAGGCUGACGUUGAAUCUGCGUAUCGCUCCCUUUUGCACGGACCGGACUUUGCCAUAGGGACGUGUACAGUUGGCCGUGAAGAGUCACUUCUCAACAGGGCCAACCUUUGCUUCCAAGAGCUUCAGAGUAGUCUCCUCGCCACAGACGCAGGCAACCCCAAGUUGCGGCCCAUGAACGACCAAGACAACUCAAAGACUUCAUCAGCCACCCCUCCUCUGGCCUCUAAGGCGAUAAAGAAGCUUUCAAGCACUUCUUCCUCGUCGCCAGUCUUGGUGCCAACCCCAUCAUCCAUCAGAUCCGAGCCCGACGGUAUGUCACUCAGCAGCACGACCAUGGACGCCUCCAAAGAGUCCGGUGAAACUACUGUCGGUGAGCCGACUCAAGAAGUUGAAGUCGAGACUGUCCCAACACCUCCUCCUCCCCCGCCCGUCGUGGCGAGCAAGGUCACUAAAGGCACGGCCAAGAAAAAGACCGAAAAGAAGGGCAAGCGUGUGACGAAGAAAUCUAAACACAAGGUUGUGGAAAGCUCUACAUCUGAUACCAGUGACUCUGACGGUGACUGCGAGUCAGAGAGCAGCAGUGAAGAUGAAAGGACCAAGCGCAGAAACAAACGAAAGCUGGCCGCGAAACGUGCUGCAGCCAAGAAGAAGCAGAAAGCAAAGGCUAAGAAGAGCAAAUCGAAGAAGGCCGAUACAUCUAGUGAUGAGACUAGCUCUGAUGAUUCGUCUGACUCUGACACUCUUUCAGAUGUGGACGAAAAGAGAAGCCACCGGAAGAGUUUGCGAGCCAAAGCCAAGAAGAAGAGAGCCAAAAAGGUCGCAAGCUCCAGCGAGGACAGCGAUUCGAGCUCCUCCUCAAGCUCGUCCAGCAGUGACACUGAUUCCGAGGACGCAAAGUCUGCAAGGCGGAAGGCGAAGGCGAAGGCGCAACGCAAGGCUAAGAAGGCCAAGAAGGCUGACAGCUCGUCGUCUUCAGACUCCUCUUCUGCCGACGAUGGUACAGCUGCAUCAUCUCCAGACUCUUCUGUGCCGCCGCCUCUUCUGACGGACGCAUUGGAUGGCCAAAUUGCCAAAUACGAUGCACUCCUAAAUUCACUCAAUCUCCAAAAAGCUGCGGCUGCGGCUGCUGUUGGUGCGACAAAGUUGGAGAAGCCAGUCAAGAAGAACGCACUUGAGUUCAAGCGUGUCGACCAAGUCUACGAUAUGAAGAUUCACGAUUGGAAGCUUGUCGAAAGCAGCAAGGAUCAACAGGAUGAGUUUGAUUGCGUCUUCACUGUGCGACGACGAUUAGACUGGGACGGCAAGUACAAGGAGACACAAGUCGACAUCAAGUCAAAGAUUCUUCGUAACGCACUGCAAGAGGUAUUCAAAGAGUGCAAAAGCAUCAGCCUUGUUGAAGAAACGCCUCAGAUCGACCCACACACACUCUUCCACUACUACGACGAAAUCAAGAAGUAUAUCAAAAAAACAUUGAAGCCCAAGCUCAAAAAGGCCAAGAAGUCGAAGAUCAAGAAGCAGCUCACGCAGCAAAUUGCGCAGUGCAAGUUGCUGCUCUCGUACAUUGAUGAGGAUUACGACGCCACGCGCAAAGCCUUGAAGCCGAUGCUCAAGGCUGGCACAAUUACUUAUGAUCUUGUCUGGGCGCUCUUCGAGCCGAACACUGUCGCCUUCACGCCCACAUACACGAACAAGGAUGAUCCGAGAUGCUUCAAAGUCGACUUCACGUAUGAGUAUGAGAGUUGGAUGACUGGGCAGAAAUCAUGGAUCGUUGAUGGAAGGUACCUCGAGUAUGACGGCAAGGCCUUUGGUCUCGGUGACCACCAAGUUUCCAUUCCGGCUUUCAAGGGUCAUCGAAAGAUCACAAGUCUUUCAGCCUACCCAUUGAAGUACCACAAGGAUCCUGAGGGCAUCAAGGAACAGCUCAUUGCCCGUGGCAAAAAGUUCGUUGCACUACAGGGUAUGAAUUACCGUGCGCAGAAAGGUAUUGCCUAUAUGAAGCACAAGAACAGCAUUAUCCGCUUCAUCAUCAAUGGCCGUGUCAUGAUCGACCCCGCAAUCUUCCGUCGCAUCAAUCCUAACUACCCAUUCUCAUACCUCAAACACGACGAGCUGGACCAAGAUGGCGAAAAUGAUGACGAUGAAUCUGAUUGCUGUGGCUGUGGCUCCGGUGAGGACGAGGGAGGGACUGAUAAGCUCCGCGUCAUCAUGUGGAAAGACAGCAAGGGCAAAAAACAUCCAAUCCAGGUUUACCAGAGUGAGAUUGACGAGGAGAAUGGCAAAAACCUUGGUGGACAGCUUGAUGAGACAGAGGAGACCUCCGAAACCAAACGCCAAGUCUUUACCCAAGAGGAGCUUCUCAUCGCAUCUCCUGUCGUUCUCGGUUUCGCCUUUUCGGAGAAAUUAUGGCUGGAGUUUUCUCUCUCCGGAAUCGACGAAAUCAAGUGGAACUCGGAGGCUUUUUCUUCUCUUGUGCUACCGCCCCGCAUCAAGCAGAACCUGAAGGGUCUCGUUUCCUCGCAUCGCUUCAACGCUGCUCGCACAAUCGACGACGUCAUACAAGGCAAAGGCAAGGGCCUGAAUGUUGUCCUUCAUGGGCCCCCUGGUGUCGGCAAAACGCUGACCGGUGAAUCCAUCGCUGAAUACCUCAAAUGCCCCCUCUACGCCGUCUCCGCCGGCGAGCUCGGCACCAAUUCACGCACCCUCGAGACUGACCUGAAUCGCAUCAUGGAUAUAACACACAGCUGGGGUGCCAUCCUGCUUCUCGACGAAGCAGACGUGUUCCUCGAGGCACGGCAGCCGCAAGACGUGAUGCGCAACAGUCUUGUCUCUGUCUUCCUGCGCCUCACCGAGUACUACCAGGGUAUCUUAUUUCUGACCACCAACCGCGUUGAGACGUUUGAUGAGGCCUUCCAGAGCCGGAUUCACAUGGGUAUUCGCUACGAGAAUCUAAGUGCCAAGGCGCGACGCGAGAUUUGGAAGUGGCAUGUGGGUAAGGUGGAGAGUAUGCGGGAUGCAGAGGACAAGAGGAUCGAAGAGAAGAAGACCAAGGCUGAGAACGGCAAGGAAAAUGAGGAUGGGCAGGUGGCGCCGGAUACCGCUGCUGUGAGUAAGAGCGGGGAACUGGUGAAGCCGUUUAGUGAGGCGGACUUUGACGAGUUGAGCAAGAAGAUGAUGAAUGGGCGCCAGAUCAAGAACACAGUCAAGACAUCGCAAGCCAUUGCGCUCUCCGAGAAGACGCCGUUCAGCAUGGAGCAUGUCAAGCGCGUGUUAGAAGUUGCGGACGCGUUCGAGGAUGACAUGAGAGGCGGCAAAGGAUACAGAGAUGCCAUGCGACAGUACACAUGA